AUGUCUCGUGGACUGCGUCAACUUGAUCAUCUUAGUAAAGCCAAACGGCUGCAGAACAACGGGAUUCAGCCUUCAUCUUUUGGUAAGAUAACCUAUGAAUCUCUUCUCCAUGCACUUUUAUACGAACUGAAGGUCUCCCCAAUAAUGUUACCUCAGGAGAGUCCUCGCAACCCAGUUAUUUUUCGUAUCUACGAUCUAUAUUGCUCCCGAUUUUUUAUUUAUUUGGCCUCUACUCACCUAUCUAUCUAUAUCCAUUUAUCUAUAGAUUCUGGACGCUCUCCUGGCUUCGAAAGUUUCCUACCCGCUUGUGCCCUCAUCUUUCAGCUGGCAAAUGGCACGCCUCUGCGCCUCGACCAGCAGAAUGGUCUUCUCAAUCACCUUUUACUCUGUCGGCCCGGUGGAACAAAUAGUGCCUUCUUGGAUGGUCCUUGGCUCGCCUAUCAGCUAGCUCGGCUCGCCAACAGAUUUGCCCAGCACGGACUUGCUGCCAGGAUAUACGUUGGCCUUGUCAAGCUUGUUAGUCCUAUAGUAACUUAA